AUGCGGAGACGACCUCUGCCAUCGGUCCGUGAAGAAGUGUCAAGGCCAAAGACGUGGCGAAGUUUGUGCGAGAGUGAGUGGGCAGUGUAUAUACUCGUGGCUUCUGUUGGUUCACUGACGUAUGCGAAUAGUUUAAAUGGUGAAUUUGUUCAUGACGAUAUCCCGGCAAUUGUUUCUAAUGGUGACGUGAACGGCGCAAAUCCAUUGUUACAAGUUUUCAAAAAUGACUUCUGGGGUACACCAAUGUCCGACUUGAAUAGUCACAAAUCGUAUCGGCCACUUACUACGCUGUCGUUUCGAUUGAACUAUGUGCUAUGCGGUCUCUCGACGUGGUGGUGGCACGCGUGUAACGUUGCUCUGCACGCACUGUGCUGCGCGCUCGUCGCACGCACUGGUGCUGUAGUGGCACGUUUACAAAGACCGUUUGCAGCUCUAGCAGCUUUAUUAUUUGCUGUACAUCCCAUUCACACUGAAGCGGUAUCGGGUGUUGUGGGACGAGCGGACGUGCUCGCUUGCGUCCUAUUUCUUUCAUCCCUCCUUCUAUAUCACGGGACAUCAGGUAAACUACGAGUGUGGGCGAGUGUGCUACUGGCAGCGCUUAGCAUGUUAGCCAAGGAAACUGGACUGACUGCACUGCUAUUUAAUGUAGUCUUCGAUUUGUACCGCUACUGGGGAUCUAUAAGACGGUCAUCGCCUAUAAGAUGUCGUUGGAAAGAAGAUAGCAUAUAUAGCCGCGUUGCUCGCAGCGUUGGCGCGUUGGCUUUAUUGGCAAUAUUCAGAAUAGCAAUGCUGCAAGGAUCACUUCCAACAUUUUCGCCACAAGACAACCCACCGGCAUUUCAUCCGUCAUAUAUCGUUAGGUUAAUGACGUUUAGUUAUCUGGCAGCGUUCAAUUGUUGGCUGCUGAUAUGCCCUUGGACGCUGAGUCACGACUGGCAGAUGGGAUCCAUUUCACUUGUGACCAGUGGAUGGGAUCCGCGAAACCUGAUUACUGUAACAGUUUUAAUCGCUCUAUUAGCGAUAUCAUAUUGCUGUUUAAUGGACUUGGCGGUACAACGUCACACGCCCGCUGUCGUUGGAUUGAUGUUACUUGUGUUCCCAUACCUACCCGCUUCCAAUUUAUUUGUGACAGUUGGCUUCGUUGUCGCUGAGAGAGUUUUGUACAUACCCAGCGUUGGAUUGGUGUUGAUAACCGUAUAUGGCAUUCAACUGAUGUGGCGGAGAACUGUACGUGGAAAGCGGUUGAUAGUGAUAGGGGUUGCUAUUCUUGUCGCCAGUGGAGCUGCACGGACACAGCUCCGGAACUGUGAUUGGAGAAAUAGAGAGACUCUUAUUAGAGCUGACUUGGCUGUUCUUCCGCAUAAUGCUAAACUGCAUUAUAACUUUGCUAACUUUUUGAAAGAUAUUGAGCAACAAGAAAGUGCUAUCAAACACUACAAAGAAGCUUUAAAAUUAUGGCCAAGUUACGCCAGCGCUCACAACAAUCUUGGAACGUUAGUCGUAGAAUCAGGCCGCGCUGAGCAUCACUUCUUACAAGCGCUUAAGUAUAAUCGAGAUCAUGUUAAUGCACAUUACAACCUCGCGAAACUUUACAGAAAAAAGAACAAAAUAAAUGAGUCAAUAAAGAUGCUACAGAGAUGUAUAUCACUUGAGCCAAGAUUCGUACAUGCGUACUUAGAACUGUUAUUGGUAGCACCGCAAGAAGACAAAAGAGAUAUAUUAGACAAGUUACUAGAGCUUGAACCGAAGAACUGGGAACAUUAUCAAAUCUACGGUAACUGGUUCAAAGAAAGAGGGUUAUGGCCUUUUUCACUUCAGUACUACAUAUCAGCAGUAAAACUCUCGAUAAAUGACCCAGAGUUGACGCCAAACGCUUUGCUGCCUCUACGUUCGGCUUGCUUAUUACUGCGUAGUGUUGGGCAACAGGCUCGCAUACUGCAGCUAGUCAAUAGAUGGCAGACUGCGCGAGGAGACGAAGUAACCGCGGCGCGUCGCUGGGCGGUCACUCGCACAUGGCGCCUACGCAACGAGCUGGCCGAUCGCGCAGCUAAAUACGCUCGCGCUCCUUUGGUAACGUCAACUUGCCUCCACCACAGUAAGUUUGAAGUAUCGUCAGAUGUCUACAAAAUAAAUAACGCGGUAAAGGAGAACACUAGAACGUUCUUAUACAAAUAUGACAUUCAAAGCGUUUCAAAACAAAAUGCUAUGAACGAUGUAGAGAAAGCGUCUACAGAGAACAGCUGCCAAAAAAACAUAUUACAUAGUGAUAAGGAGGGCGUUUCUCUUUCGGCACAAUAUAAGCCGAUUCAAAAUAAAUCAGAAACGGGUCACAAGCACAAGAGCUGUCGUCUUCAUAAAAAGAAGAAAAUAAAAGAACCGGAGUCUUUCGUUCCUUUUGUGUCUGACCAUUUAAUAAAGACUUAUUAG